UUUGUGAAUACAUUGAGAGAGCAGGAAGACACAAAAUCUGAACAUCAGAAAUUUUAGAGGUUACAAUAGUCAUGAAGUACCUGAUCAUCCUUUUACUCGUCGUGGUUGCAGUAACUGGCCAGAAGGGAAAGCCACUCGGUAAAGGAUAUGGACGGCCACCUGUGAGGUUCGUUCCUGCUGCUUUUCCACGUGGUUCCGUCUCACGCGAUGUAUACGCCGCAUCUCUGGGUGGUGCUCCAGUCGGACUGUAUGGCAAAUCAUCCGGUUUAGGCAGAGGAUUUGGAACUGGGUUUGGCAACUCUGAUGUUUCUGGUGCGGCUCUAGGAGGUGCUAAAGUCGGACUGUAUGGUAAAGAACGCCCAGGACAAAAAGUAAUAGGAUGAAUAGUAGAUUUUUAAAUGAAAAGUGAGCAACAUCAAAGUGAAUAUGGAAUUGAAAGAAGCCACAGAAUAUGGACCUCUCUAAACAUGUAAAAUAAAAAAAUGUUUCGAAU